AUGAAUCAAUCGGCGUCGCCUUCCUUUACACAGUUCCCAACACAGUCCCAGGUACCGUUAACGUCUUCAGUUUUUGUGACAAGUGAUCAAUUCUCAGCCCUAAUCCAGCGAUUAGAUAGAAUAGACAAUAAAUUGACACAACUUGAUGGGAUCCAGUCAUCUGUGAAAGCAAUAACAGUACGUCUUGACCAGAUAGAUAAAUGGGUCAAUGACAUGGAGGUCAAAUUUAAGGACAUUGAGCGUAGCAGGGAGUAUGAUUCCAAGAACAUUGACGAAAUUAAGAAAAAUAAUUCUCAAUUUGAUGCCUUAAAAGCAAAUAUAAGACAAAUAGAAGAGCAACAGAAAACGAUGAACACAGAAGUAAGGCAUGAUAUUACUGAUAUAAGAAGUCGAAGCAUGAGGGACAAUUUGCUUUUCUUUGGAAUCCCUGAGGUUCGAGACAGCGAAAAUAGAGAAAAAGAUUCGGAAUGUGUAGAUAAGGUAUUACAUAUCAUAGAAACCAAAAUGGGGAUAGAGAGUGCAAAAGAGACAAUCAAAAUACACAGAGCGCAUAGAAUAGGCAAGUACAGUCAACACAAGACACGACCUAUUGUCGCAAAAUUCGCCUAUUUUCCAGAUAGGGAACGUGUAAGACAAAGUUACAAAAAGCUUGAACGACCAUAUGGUGUCAGUCAGCAAUAUCCACCGGAAAUGAUGGAAACCCGAAAGCGCCUUAUACCCAUUAUGCUCGAGGCACGGAAACAACAAAAAGAGGCUUACAUCGUUUGUGACAAAUUAUACAUAAACAGAACACUUUACCAGGAGCCAUCGCAAUCAAGGAAUCGCUAG